AUGCAGAGGGCGCUUAUACAAUGGCGCCAGACCCCGAUCUCAAUCAAAGGUGCACCGUGGAAGCAUCUGCGAUGCCCUCCUCAACACAGAAACUAUGCCCCCACUGGAGGAAUGAAGCUCAGGCAAGAGAAUCGGAUGAGGAAAAUCGAAGAGGAGACUCUUCCUUUCUACAGCCCGUCAAACUUCUACCCAGUCUAUACUGGUGAAAUUCUUGGGGCAAAGUACAGAGUUGUUGGGAAGCUCGGAUUUGGUGCCAGCUCGACGGUUUGGCUCGCCUGGGAUUUGGAGAAACAGGCUUACGUCGUUCUCAAGAUCUUUGCACGAGGCUUGAGCUCGGCAUUGGACCACGAAGUCACGAUCUACAAAUAUCUCUCCGCGAUCGAUUCUAACCAUCCUGGACGGAAAUAUAUUCGCACCUGCCUUGAUAGCUUCGAGGCCGACGGUCCCGAUGGCAAGCAUCAGUGUCUAGUACACACUCCUCUUUGGCAAACCCUCAGGGCACUCCAAUACCAAGACAGUCGGCACAGACUCACGGAAGAGCUUCUUCGACCGGUGCUUACCUGCGUUAUUCGAGCAAUGGACUAUCUACACAGUGAAUGCCACUUGGUGCAUACAGAUAUCAAGGCAAGCAACAUUAUGCUUGGUCUCGACGACCCCUCAGUUCUACAAGCCUUUGAACAAGCCGAGAUGACCAACCCCAGCGCCCGGAAUAUCUACCCAGACCGAACAAUUUACCAGUCUCGCCCCAUCGACAGGCCAAAGGCCAUUGGACUUCCCGUCUUGAGCGAUUUCGGGCUAGCCAGAUUCGAAUGGGGAACUGGGGAGGACGAUAUUCAGCCAGAAAUCUACACGGCACCCGAGGUGUUACUGGAUAUGGACUGGAGCUACAGUGUUGACAUCUGGAACAUUGGCACUAUGAUCUGGGAUCUUUUCUACGAUAAACAUCUGUUUGACGCCUAUGACCCGAUCACAAACAAGCUUUCAAAUAAAUAUCACCUAGCAGAAAUGGUAGCCUAUCUCGGCACGCCCCCUCUAUCAUUCUUAGAAAAGAGUGAGACUAGUUGGAAGUAUUUUGACCGAUCGGGUAAGUUCAUUCGCCGCCUUCUAACUGGAAUCGAUCUUGCCGACAAGCUAUCACUUGAGGCUCGAGAAGAACGGCUUGAAGGCGAAAAGAAAGUUCUAUUUCUUAACUUUAUCAGGUCAAUGUUGCGAGGGGACCCGAAGGACCGACUAACGGCUCGUGAGCUUCUCGAUGACCCGUGGCUAAACGACUAUAACGUUUGA